CUCUCUCGCUACCACUCUCUCUCCCUCACACACACACGCGUGCGCUUUCACACACAUUCAUACGCCAGAGCUGACACUGCAGCAGAAAAACAGCCUGGUAGCGAAAGAGAGGGACUCCAUUGACUGUGAGAGAGGACUGUCUUCAUGGAGGCUCUAUCGAGGAGUACCUGACCAGAGGCAAUGGGCUGUGGGUGUGUGUGUUAAUGUGUUAGGUCUGUGUGUGUGUGUGUGUGUGUGUGUGUGUGUGUGUGUGUGUGUGUGUGUGUGUGUGUGUGUGUGUGUGUGUUUGUGUGUGUGUGUGUGAGAGAGCACCCCAGCAAGAGAAGCAGCACUGCAGAUACUGACUGAGUCCGGGGCUCAGCUUGGAGCAUCGACCGAGAAACGAAGAUCCAUUGCUCUCAACCUCUGUGUGUGUGUGUGUGUCAGUGAACGUGUAUGUUUGUGUAAGAGCUGGUGUGUCAUUCACUGCUCUGCCUGCGUAUCCUUGCGUAUCUGUGUCGUCGGCCCUCUCCCUGCCCCUGUCCCAGAAUGCUUCAUUCUGCGCCCCUGUGCUGAGGAGGCGUUGGGCAGUAUGGACUGUGCGCUGGCCGGGACCCCCCCCCACGGAUCUAGGCUGCCCCCCCAGGACGGGCACACACCGCACCUCUGCUGAUGGGCGAGGACACUGACACCACCCGAACACUGAACCACAGCUUCCUCCGAGACCACAACUAUGUGACUGAAGGGCUGCUCGUGGCUUUAGCCUGAAGAGCCCGCCCCGCCUCCUCCCCUCUCCCGGACUCCUCCCCCAGGAUGUUGAACCCUAUCCAGGUCCUGUGCUCCGACAUCACUUCCCUCUCUCUGGAGCCCGAGCCGUUUUCCUCUUACACUGAAGCUGAUAUCAUCUCCACUGUUGAGUUCAACCACACUGGAGAGCUCCUGGCCACAGGGGACAAGGGGGGACGUGUGGUCAUCUUCCAGAGGGAACCUGAGGGUAAGACAGAGCCAUUCUCCCAGGGGGAGUAUAAUGUCUACAACACCUUCCAGAGUCAUGAGCCGGAGUUUGACUACCUGAAGAGUCUGGAGAUAGAGGAGAAGAUCAACAAGAUACGAUGGCUGCCACAGCAGAACGCCGCCCACUUCCUCCUCUCCACCAAUGAUAAGACCGUUAAGCUGUGGAAGGUGAGUGAGCGGGACAAGAGGCCUGAAGGCUACAACCUGAAGGAUGAGGAGGGCAGGAUGAAGAACCUCUCCACUGUCACCUCACUACAGGUGCCGGUGUUGAAGCCCAUGGAUCUGAUGGUGGAGGUGAGUCCUCGGCGUGUCUUUGCCAACGCCCACACCUACCAUGUCAACUCCAUCUCUGUCAACUCUGACCAUGAGACCUACAUGUCAGCUGACGACCUGAGGAUCAACCUCUGGCACCUGGGCAUCACCAACCGCAGCUUCAACAUCGUGGACAUCAAGCCAGUGAACAUGGAGGAUCUGACAGAGGUGAUAACAGCAGCAGAGUUCCAUCCUCACCACUGUAAUCUGUUGGUCUAUAGCAGCAGUAAGGGAACUCUACGGCUCUGUGACAUGAGAGAGGCCGCACUGUGUGACAAACACUCCAAACUGUUUGAGGAGCCGGAAGACCCCAGUAACCGCUCCUUCUUCUCUGAGAUCAUCUCGUCUGUGUCGGACGUGAAGUUCAGCCACAGCGGGCGCUACCUGCUGACCAGAGACUACCUCACUGCCAAGGUGUGGGACCUCAAUAUGGAGAACAAGCCCCUGGAGAUAUACCAGGUGCAUGAAUACCUCCGCAGCAAGCUUUGCUCCCUGUACGAGAACGACUGCAUCUUCGACAAGUUUGAGUGUGUCUGGAACGGCUCAGACAGUGUGAUCAUGACUGGGGCCUACAACAAUUUCUUCCGGAUGUUUGACCGGAACACCAACCGUGACGUGACCCUGGAGGCGUCCAGGGAGAGCAGUAAGCCCCGGGCCGUGCUCAAGCCUCGGCGCGUCUGCCAGGGCGGGAAACGACGCAAGGAUGACAUCAGCGUGGACAGCCUGGACUUCACCAAGAAGAUCCUGCACACGGCCUGGCACCCCACGGAGAACAUCAUCGCCAUCGCUGCCACCAACAACCUGUACAUCUUCCAGGACAAACUCAACCAGGAGAUGCAUGGCUGAGAGAGAGAGCAGGAGGCUGGAGACGUACACACACACACACACUGAUGCAAACAUUCAUUCAGACAGUAAGGCAAGCAAGAACAUAUGCACACAUACACACACACACACACUCUCUCUCUCUCUCUCUCUCUCUAGAUGACAGGGAGAUGCUGUAAAGACACACACUCUCUCUCUCUCUCUCUAGAUGACAGGGAGAUGCUGUAAAGACACACACUCCACAGUUCUCAGUGGAUGGACCGGUCCACCCUAGGACCAGACAGGGGGAGCUGGAUAACCCAAUAAGAAUGAUGCUGGAUUAUGGUUUAUGGAAUUCUAAAUCAUGGAUGUGUUCACUGUUGACCUCUGGAUUGUGGCUGAUCUGAUGGUGUUUGUUUUGCUAUUGGUCAUUUUUGCAUUCUGAGGGGUUUGACCUCUUGACAGGAGGAGCUUUCACAUGUGUCUGCCUUUUUCUGAUCAUCUGCCCUUCUUCCCCUUCCUCCUCACUCUGUUUCUGUACAUGUCUGUGCUCAGUCCUCUCCUACAUUCUGGACUGAUUCUUGACGUUGGUGUAAAAAACCCUUUGUGGUUCCUGGUGGUAACUAGUGGAAGUGUUUGCGGAAUGUUUGAAGUCUAAUUAGUUUUUUUGUUAAAUCAUGUUACAUGUUACAUGAUUUGAAUUAUCAUUAAUGAUGAUGAUGAUGGUGAUGGUAAAAGUGAUGACAAUGACAGUUAAAAUGGUACAUGAGACAUUAGUAAGUAGGACGUUGGGUUCCACAAGGCUGCCUGUCACACCUAGGUGACAUUUAAUCCUGAUGUUUCAGUUGAUUGUGAAGACUGCUGGGGAACUUGGCUGUGUUGUGCUACUUUGCAAUGAAACACAAGGAAUGAAGCAAAAAUCAAGUCCAACAAUCAAGCAAAAAAUAUGCUGCAUGAUGGAUUUUUUUUUUGUUUAUAUAAAUUUACUGGCUGCCUUUCUAACCAUAAACAGGCUGUAAAAAGGCUUCUGGAGCUCUGCCUCUACACAGCACUAGUUACCAUAGACAACAACAAAGAGCUAUCCUUUUGUUUGUGUUUACCGGACACAAAAAGCAUGUUUACCAGUGUUCAGUUUUACGGUGUACAUUUGAAAUGAAGCCCAAAUAAUACAUAGUUUUACAUGAAGAUACUGAACCAGAGGUAUGGGGAAUGUUUUAUCAACGUUGUAAACUAAACUGUUAAAGGAAUGUUUUAUCAACGUUGUAAUCUAAACCUUUAAAGGAAUGUUUUAUCAACGUUGUAAUCUAAACUGUUAAAGGAAUGUUUUAUCAGGGUUGUAAUCUAAACCUUUAAAGGACUGUUUUAUCAGGGUUGUAAUCUAAACCUUUAAAAGAAUGUUUAAUUAACGUUGUAAUCUAAACCUUUAAAGGAACGUUUUAUCAGGGUUGUAAUCUAAACCUUUAAAGAUAUGAUUUAUCAGGGUUGUAAUCUAAACCUUUAAAAGAAUGUUUAAUCAACGUUGUAAUCUAAACCUUUAAAGGACUGUUUUAUCAGGGUUGUAAUCUAAACCUUUAAAGAUAUGAUUUAUCAGGGUUGUAAUCUAAACCUUUAAAAGAAUGUUUAAUCAACGUUGUAAUCUAAACCUUUAAAGGAACGUUUUAUCAGGGUUGCAAUCUAAACCUUUAAAGGGCCUGAAUGGUAUCUGCUGUAUAUUCAACUCUUUUUGACAUUUCUAGGUUUGUUGUUUCGGAUCAAGAACCAAGAGUGCAGAGCCGAUCAUCUCUGAUGAUGGUGUUCAUGGCAACAAGAGAGAGAUUAUUAAACUCUUCCCUCUAGCCUUUGAACAAAUUCAGAUUUUUUUGGAGAAGUUAUUGUUAACUUCUGUAUUUUUUAAACAUCUGUCACUUGUGUUUGAUUUCAUGUCCUGCUGCCCUGCCAUUGAUUCACAUAUGUUGUGUUCAUGUAUUUUCAACGGGAAAAAAAAUCUCAUGAACAAUUACGAAUAUGUUAAUGUUAUUUUUUUUUCUGAAUAAAGAUUUCAACAAUA